UCCCCUCCUGCCUCACCUCCCCCCCUUUAUUUCCCCUGUAUUUUUUUUCUUGGUUUGGCUCUAUGCUUUAUCAGGUCUGUUUAAUAUUUAACAGUGGAAAUUAAGCAGAAGAUGAUUUAGCCUUAUAAGUAACAGUGUGGAGAACAGCAUGGUCAGUUGAACACUGAAGGGCUUCUGAUUUUAAUAAUUUGAAAAGAGGAUGAAGUGUCUCCUGUACCUGUGUUUACUCCUUGCUGAUCUUUGUGCCAUAACACAAUGCCACCACAGAGAUGUUUGCCAUGAAGUCAAUAACACAAAUCUACAUGAUGGAACAGAGAAUUCAUUAAAGUACAACUGUCAAGACCAAGGCUCCAGCUAUGCAGAUUUUGUAUUUAAAUUUUACAAGCAGGCUAUAUCAGAAGAAAUUGAUAAAAACAUUUUCUUUUCUCCUAUAAGUAUCUCCACUGCCUUUGCCAUGUUGGCUCUUGGUGCUAAGUCCAGCACCCUGACUCAGAUUUUUGAAGGACUGGGCUUUGACAGUCUGACUGAGACACGCGUAAAUGAUAUACAUGAAAGUUUUCAUAAAGUUUUAGCAGUACUGAACUGUACUGAUGUUAACAUCACUUUAAAUAUAGGAAAUGCCCUUUUCACUGCUCUUGGGUAUGAACCUCAGCAGACAUUUUUACAAAAUACCAAACAGUUUUAUGAUGCAGAAUUUAUUACUAGUAAUUUCCAUGAACCAACAGAAGCUAAGACACAAAUCAAUAAUUAUGUAAAGGAGAAAACCCAGGGGAAAAUACCUGAAUUAAUUGGUCAUCUUGAUCCAAAUACUAUACUGGUUCUUGUAAACUACAUUUAUUUUAAAGCUGCCUGGGAAAAGUCUUUUGAUCCUACACAUACAUAUGAGGAUGAUUUUUUUGUGAACACAAAUACACCCGUUAAAGUCAACAUGAUGCAGUGUGAUAGCGACUAUAACAGUUAUUAUGACCAGGAUCUCUCUUGUGAGGUGGUAGAGCUGCCUUACCAGGGCACUGCACGAGCAUUGCUCAUUCUGCCUGAUGAUGGGAAGAUGAAACAAGUGGAAAAUGCUCUCUCCAAGGAAGUUGUUUGUAAAUGGGAUAGCAAACUUGAAACCAGAAGAGCACAUCUACACUUGCCAAAGAUUUCUAUUAGUGGGUCUUAUGAUGUGAAAAGUUUGUUCAAGGAAAUGGGCAUUACUGAUGUAUUCUCUAGUAAUGCUGAUCUGUCUGGAAUUAGCGGCAGCCGGGAUCUUCAAGUUUCACAAGCAAUUCACAAGGCUCUGUUGGAAGUGGAUGAGACUGGAACUGAGGCUGCAGGAGCCACAGCCAUAAUCCUUACCAAAGUUUUCCAUCCUUCAGUUACAAUCAAAUUCAACAGGCCUUUCAUUGUGUUGAUUUGUGACAAAGCAACCAACACCACACUUUUCAUGGGGAAAAUUGUUGAUCCUACUAAGAAGUAAUUGCUGAGUUAUUGGGCUUGCUGGGCAUGUAUUUGGCAUGGUUUAUAAUGGCAGCCGUGUUUGCACAUGUGGGCUGGUCAGUGCUCUUAUAACUGCUCUGUGAUUAAGGGAUAUUCAGAGUUAAAUGUAGAAUUUCAUUAUCAAAUUAGUAAGCAAAAAAAAAAAAAAAACACAAAAAAACACAACCAACAGUUUAAAAAUGUAACAUUAUCACAGUUGGGUAAUUCAAGUUAUUAAUAGAUUUUCCAAAUUUUCCUUGGAAGAGAGUUCUGUUGUUUUUGUAAGUGAUUUCUCUCUGCUAAGCAGUUUUGCCCAGCCUGUUUUAAGUUCUGUGUUACUCAACAAAAGCUUUUUCCCAAUGGGUAACAAGCCUCUUGUCAUUCUGUUACCCCUACUCUGGGACUUGCUGAUGGUCAGUGCUCACCUGGGCCAGUCCCUACAGAGUCCUUUCUCCCUUACAUAUCUCUUUGCUGCCUAGUCCAUUGUCGUUUAUCCUCAACCUACCUGUUCUCCUUUCUCACAUGCCAAAUCUUUGCCUAAAGUCUUUUUAAAAACUUUGACAAAAAUAGAAAAUUUCUGAGACAACAGAUUCAUUCUGCUUUAGCAGAAUAGUGUCUUUCUGCAGCCCAAAAGGUCAGUAAAAAAUAGUGAAAGACAAUGACAUUAAACAUGAAGUGUUAAAGAAUUGUCCUGCUACAAUAUCUUUUAUCAACUACUGCUAUGGCUAAUGAAUAAGAUUAACAUUAUCGUUUAAAUCUAUCACUUACAGACUGACUUUCAGUGUCUCUGGUAUCUUGCUAUAAAUCUUUUAAAAUCAACGAAAGCUUUCAGUCACUCUUAUUAACAUAGCAGGCUGUCUGUAAAAUAUGUUUUAAAUGCUGUUAAGUGAAUCAAUAUUUUCUCACAUGGAGACAGCAAUUCUUUGUACUCUCUCCUUAUGUGCUUUCUUGAGUAAAACCUGUUUUCAAGAGACACAUAAGCACCCUACUGCCAUUGCAGGUCUGCAGCUCUCCCACUCUUACUGCAGAGGAACACUGGGGCCUGGUGCUCAGCCUUGCUGACCUGUAUAGCAAACCCUUUAUUGUGCAGUUGCAGUCUCAAGGAGAGGCUGACUCCUGCUUUGACAGCUGCUCUCCCACUGCACUACACCCUUUGAUUCAUGCCAUUGCAUAGUGACCCUGGAUAAAUGUUUUGCAAGCAGGGUUUAGUCCCUGUCCCUUGGAAGAUGGUGUUCCGGAAUGUACAUUGCUCAUUUCCACAGUGGUUCUGGCAAUGUGUUGUAAGCACUGAGAAGGCAAUGCAAGUCCCAAAUCAACAAAGAACUCAGCACCCCUAAUAUCGCUCUGGCCCUCAGACUUAUUCCCCCAAACUUGUUCCAACCUGCUUUAUUGGGACCCAUCUGUGGCUGUAGCAUGGGUUUGGGGUGUGUGUGUUUGUGGGGUGGCUAUGCUUCUGACUCAGAAGACUUGGAGACUGCUGUCUUGUUUGGGAAGAGGAGUCCCUUUGCUCCAAGCAGUGAGAAUUCAGUGGAAGCCCUGAGCUAUUGCUUCUGCCAAGGCAAGAUACCAUCACUCAGUGGAUCGGGAGAUACCAGCCUCUGUGUGAAGCAGCGGCUUUUACAGAGUUGAGAUCAACGAUAACUUGCUGUGGUGGAGGCAGCCUGCUCUGUGGUAGCUGUUUGAACUCAACAAGAGCUGGGAGCAGUUCCAGUGAGAUCCCACCCUGAUAAAUCGGUGCACCAGUACUGAUUACAAGGUAGGAUGGUGAGAUUUUUAUCAGAGCAGGGUGGCAGAAAAACAGGUUCCAGGCCAAUUGCUAAAGGGAAAGAGGUUAGGAAAAAUCUCACGGUUGCUAGGACAGAGCAGAGGCUUUAGGAAAUAACACAUGGAGCAACUUCCUGCUCCAUCUUCCUGCCCCAUCUGCCUCCCAGGCCUUUGCUUUUUAGAAUGGAAGCAAGGAGCUACAGGAGGAAAGCCACAAUGGGAGUUUUCACAUGGUAGCAAGAGGAAUAGGGUGCUAGCCUGCCCCUGGCAAGAGUCUGUCUUCCCACAAGGAGGCUUUGAAUGAAGGGUUUUGAAGGAAUCUUACCAGCAUGUGGGGUUGUACAGUUGUCUUCCAGUGGAGGUGUUUCACAACCAGAACAGCAGGUUAACCUGAGGAGUAACAGGGUCCUGGAGCAGGAAGAGGGAUUUUCCCAAAUCUCCCUGCCAGGGAAGGAUAUGAGGAGGAUGGGUAACAAACUAGUAAUGUGCCAUCCAUAUGUGGAAGGAACAAAAAUGCCUGUAGCUCACAGUGUAGAGAUCCACAGAGACCGGGUACUUAACAAACCUGGCUGAUGUUACACUCAGCAUAGUCUUGAUGACCUUCUUUAAGAACGGAAACAAUUCUGUCAAGUUCUGGAGAGGGGUCUUUUCAUCCUAAUUCCAGAAAAAUCUGACCACAUUGAUCUUCCCCGCAUCAUUUGUCCUUACUGCUUUUGGCUGUCUUAAUGGGUGAUAGGGAACAAUCUUCUUCAUGCUAUCUAAUUAUAUUUAUGGUAGAGAAGGAAAUGGGAUUCUUAUAAACUAAAAUUUUCAUUUAGAGAUCAUGUCUUUAUUUUGUCUGUGGUAUUUUAUGGAGUCUUUCAUUCAUGUGUAGGUAAUUUUAAUCUUCCACUAC